AUGAGUUGGCAUCAGCCUGGUCUUGAUGUUAGUGCGGCUCCUUUACAUCAACUUACACCUCAUGGUCUAUUAUCAAAUGAAUAUCUUUCUGGGUUUGAUCAGAGUUCUGGUGGUAUGGAUUCGGAAAACGCACUCUUGACGGAGCAGCGUGCACAGUUGACAGGAAGAGAACUUCAACAACUUCUUAGUGUUGCUCACCAAAGUUUAGAUGAAGCUCAGGAAAGAAAACAGUCAUUAAAUAGUCAUAGAUUAAAGCCUGCUCUAUACAGUGUGUUCUGUGAAAUCAAGGAGAAAACAGCUCUAAGUUUGAGAAACUCAGCUGUUUCUGCUGUAGAAGAUGAAGCUAAUUCACCAGAUCCUCAGCUUUUACGCUUGGAUAAAAUGUUGGUUGCUGAAGGUGUAACAGGACCUGGUGGUAGUCUGAAUAAUGAUCUAAGUGACGGUCCUGGAGACUUAGGUGGGGGACCCGGUGAUUGUAAUCAAAUUGAACAUGCUGAUUAUCGCGCCAAAUUGUCUCAGAUUCGCCAGAUAUAUCAUGCAGAAUUGGAGAAAUAUAAAAAUGCGUGUGAUGAAUUCACAGGACAUGUUAUAAAUUUAUUGCGUGAACAGAGUCGUAGUCGACCUAUAAGCCCAGCAGAAAUUGAACUUAUGGUUGGUAUAAUUCGGAGGAAGUUUCGAGCAAUUGAAACACAGCUGAAACAAAGUACUUGUGAAGCAGUUAUGAUAUUGCGAUCUCGAUUUUUGGACGCUAGACGCAAACGUCGAAAUUUCAGUAAAGAAGCUACUGAAGUACUAAAUGAAUAUUUCUACUCUCAUUUGGCUAAUCCAUAUCCUUCAGAAGAAGCGAAAGAAGAAUUAGCCAAAAAAUGUGGGAUAACUGUUUCACAAGUCUCUAAUUGGUUUGGAAACAAACGUAUUCGGUACAAGAAGAACAUUGUAAAGGCUCAAGAGGAAGCAAAUAUGUAUGCUGCGGCAACAGCCGCGGCAGCAGCUGCUGCUGGAUCUGUGGCAUCUGGAACUGGUGGUCCAACUUCAUCUGAUGAACAUUCUGUUGGAUAUGGUCAUCCCGGCUAUGAAUACGAUGAUUCUAUGAGCCUUCAAAGACCUGUCCCUCAAAUGUCCUGUCCACCUGAUCAUGACACUUGGAUGGGUGGGGGAGGAGCUGGAGUUCUCGGACCGGGUAGUUUAGAUGAACCCGACUGCAAACGCAGUAAACUUUGA